AUGGCGGUCUCGGGAAAUGACGAACAUGCAUCGAUGUUACGUAUCGAAAAGUUUAGCGGAGAGAACUUUCACCUUUGGAAAUUUAAAAUGCAAAUGGUCCUUGAAGAUAAGGAUCUUUGGGGCAUUGUUAAAGGCAUUGAGGUAGAACCUACAGACGAAGGAACUACUGAAACUCAGCGUCGGCAAUUUCAAAGGCGGGAAAGAAAAGCGUUCGCUACGAUUUGUUUAUCUUUGGGAGAUGAACAGUUGUCUUUGGUUCGCUCAGCUACAACAGCAAAGGAUGCAUUGUCAAAAUUGGAAGGCCAUUAUGAAGUGAAGUCCUUGGCAAAUAAAUUAUUCUUGCGUAAAAAGUAUUUUACUAUGUCUAUGGUAGUAUGGGGGUUGAUGAGUCAAUGAGUGAACACAUCAACAAGAUGAAAGAGUUAGCAGGUCAAUUGGAAGCUGUUGGUGCCUUGAUCACAGAAGAGGACCAAGUUGCAACGCUAUUGUGUAGUCUACCUGAUUCAUAUGAUAGUUUAAUUACAGCUUUAGAAUCCCGUGCUGAUGAUUUAUCUUUGGAAUUUGUUACUGCAAGGUUACUUCAUGAGGAACACAAGCGAAAAGAGACAAUACCAACCUCUGAUUGUGGAGAGAAAGCUCUGUUAUCAACAAAGUAUGAUCAAGUAAAUCCAAGAAACCCGAAACCUAAGAGAAAGGGUAAAUGUCAUAACUGUGGAAUACCAGGACAUUGGGCAAGAGAAUGCCGUAAACCAAAGAGGGGCAGAUCGGGUGAAGUAAAAGGAAAGAAAGACGGUUCAUCAUACAGUGCAACUACAGAACAUGCAUCAUUUUGGUCAUCAAAACAUGUGAAUUGCACGGAUUCGACAUGGUACAUUGACUCGGGUGCUUCACAGCACAUGUCAUAUGAUAAGGAAAUGAUGGUUGAUUAUGUUCAUUUUGUAAACCCACAAAGAGUUCGUUUGGGUGAUAAACGAGUAGUCGAAGCCUUGGGAAAAGGAACAGUCUGGCUUAAAAUUAAAGCUGAAAAUGAUUAUAAACCGGCUAGAUUGGUUGACGUCCUAUAUGUUCCAGAUUUAGCAAAGAAUCUCUUCUCGGUAAGCGUUGUUGCUAAGCGAGGAUAUUCAGUUGAGCUUCAACAGAGUGGCUGUGUUAUUCUUGACAAAUGUGGAACUAUUUGGGGAUCUGGUAAAAUGCAAAACAAUCUAUAUGUCCUUGAUAUCAGUGAAAAGAAAGUGGACUGUCAUGAUGUUAAUGCUGCUACCAAUGAGCAUCUGGAGGAUUUAUGGCAUCAGAGAUAUGGGCAUUUGAGCAUGAAGAAUUUACGAUUGUUGCGAGAUCAGAAGUUAGUGACUGGAUUGGACUUCCAAUCUACUAAAGAAUCUGACUUUUGUGAGGGUUGUGCAUAA